AUGUAUCCCAAAAAGAAGUCCUGUGUGUGUGUCGAAAAGUUCGACACACACCCCGAGCCCAGCAUCCCAACGACUUCCCAGCCCAAACCUCGUGCCCCCCCGCCCCCGCCCAAAAUCACCAACCCCCACCCCACCAUCGCCGUUGGCCUGACCCCCACGAACGGGGACGUCAACACCCCUUUAGUUCCGUCCCACUCCCGUCCGCAAUACCACCACCACACGACCAGCAGCUUCGGGGUCGGGAGCUACCACUCCUGCUGGUCUGUACCCAUUUCCCCGUUGACCGAAAGGGGGCUGCGGGCCAACAACGCGGGGUGCCCCGCCGCGUCGGUCCCAAACCCACCCAACGGCGCGGUGGAUGGGUUUGCCAUCGCGGCAUCCGGCGGUAGUCCAGGUGGGACGGAAGGGAUCGCCUUGGAUCCCGCCUUUCCGACUAGUACGUAUGGCUUGCCCUCCAACAGCAGUAUAACCUCCACAUCGUAUCCACCACAGCCUCCACCAAGCUAUUAUAAUAAUCUUGUCGGCGGGGGGGUGAAUACGAAUGGGUUCUACUACGGCUACGACGGGGGGCAGCCGCAUGGCUAUGGAGCUGCCGCCGAGGUGGUGCCCACGCCCCAGCCCCAGUCGCAAUCCUCGAUGCAUGGGAAUAUCACCCCUUCCUCACAUAGCGGUGGGGGGCCGUAUUCUACUCCAAACGAUACGGCCCCGCCGGCGCCUUGGAAUAGCCAAAUCCAACAAGCUGAGGCACGUUACAAGCACCUCUACGAGGAAUUCCGUAAGUUGAGCCGCUCGCGGUCGGAUCUAGUUGAGAACCUGGCGCGUGUCUGCCGUGAGCAACAGGCGCUACAGGAGGGCUUUGAUUUCUAUCGCGCCAAGGCUGUGGCCGUGGCAACCGAGAAAGCGGAGGUGAUGAAGGCCUAUCUCAGUGAUAUAACGUUGCUUUUGGGUAUUAUAGAUCGGCUUACAGGUGAGUUGGCAGGGCUACGUCGUUCCACUCGGUCGUUGAGCGAAGCGGAGGAAGGGGGGAUUGCCGCCCUCGCGAUACCACAGGCCGGUGGCGAAGCCGUUUCCUGUGAGGAGGGUACUCGGUAUGUCGAGGCCGAUAAACCAGCCCGAGGGUGCGACGUGAAUUGUUCCCUGCCAACGAUGGAGGAUGAGGACGUUAUAGUCAACGAUGAAGGAACUAUUGCACAGGAGCUGUACCCUAAGUUUAUAGAAUUGCAAUUGGUCUUGCAGCAACUUGAGGAGGACUUUACUAAGGCAUCGUCUCCGAUGCAGGGGAAAAUGGAUCCUGAGGAUGAUCAGACAAACAGAGAUGAAAAAAUAGAAAACGAUUCUAUAUCCGGUAAGUGGAUUGGAAAGGUGGAUAAUUCUAGUCACCUGAAGGAUGAACAUCGGAAUGCUUAUCCGAUAGCUUACUCUUCGUUUCGGUGGCUGCUCAAUGUGCUGCACUUAUGCUACGAGCAGUAUGAUUCGAUGGUUCCGCUUGCGAGCCUGAGAUCUUUACAGAAAGAAUACAAAGAUGACAAAGAUGAAAAGGUGUUAUCAAUGCAAAAAUGUGAAGGGAACGGCGCAAAUUCAUCGAACGCGAGCGUUGAAAACGACAAGGACAGUUGCAACCAGAGCAGUGAUACUACACCUAGAAUCAAUACAGAGAUCCUGCUUCAGGGGAAUCUGCAAAAUAUUAUUGCAGCUGCACAUCGGGAUAUGAAGGCCUUACUUAAAAGCUUAGACUAUGGGUUUCCUUUGAGCAGUAGUGGGUGUUGUGGUCUAAAGCUCCAGCUGCAGCUCAUGCAGGGGGCCUCAAACGUGUCUCCACAGCCCUAUUUAGGUAAUUCAAAAAAUUCUAGCAUCAACGUGUGCAACAAGUUGAAUUUGACUCGUCAGAAUUUUGAGUCCUUCAGUGAAGGGGAAGCUAUGCCUAAUGAUAUGGUUUCUAACAAUCACAAUGGAGCCAUAUUUCCAGUGCUUAAAUCAUUUCAAUCAGAUGCCGUAUCCGAAAAACCUGAUUACAGAACUGUAGUCAAGGUUGCAGUGGGCACGAGCAAGGAUAAAAGGAACUGA